CAAACAGAACCCUUCCCCAACGGCUCUUCUCAAACCAGAACCAUUUCAAGCUCACCACUACCACCUCUCAAUUUCUUCACCUCAUCCCCAUCAAAAAACCAAUCUAAAAUCCUCUAAAAUCUCAUUAAAAACCCCAAAAUCCAUUUUUUCAUCACAUAAUUUUCACAAAAUGGACUCAACACCACCACCUUCACACAGAUCAAACCCUAACUCUCAAACAAAGUCAGCUUCACGUUUAGCAAGACUCACAUCUUCAACCGAAAACGAAGAGUCUCUACACUUAUCUUUAGACCUUAUACCAUCUCCAGCAACAAAAAAAACUACCCCAUCAACACCCUCGAACAAAUCUUGCACUAAUGCACUUCCUCUACGGGAACUUCUCCUUCUUUCACCAUCUCCUUCAAGAAAAUCAAGAACCCGUCUCCCCGACCGCCUUGACAUAGCCGACGAGGCAGCUAUGGAUCCGUCCGGGUCUCGCAGGAGAUGCAAAAGAUUAGCAGCUCAAUUGGGUUCGCCACGUAACAGCCGAAGGUCGAGAAGAAGAUCGGAGAUUGAGAUUAGAGAAGAGAAAGAUUUGUUAAAUUUGGCUGAGGAGAUUGGUAAAGUUAGGAAAAGAAGACAUAGCGGUCGGCCUAAGAAAGAAAAGAUUACUACUGCUCCAUCUUUGCCUUCUGAAAUUCCUUCUCCAAUUGAUGAGUGUGAUAGUGGCAAUUUGGAAAGAAUUGGGAUGGUGAUUAAUGAGUUGAUAAUGUGGAAAGAUGUGGCAAAAUCAAGUCUUUGGUUUGGUGUUGGGUGUUUAUGUUUCUUCUCAUCUUGUUUUGCUAAAGGGUUUAGCUUCAGCAUGUUCUCCGCGAUUUCGCAACUUGGCCUUCUGUUUCUAGGUGGAUCAUUCAUCUCGAAUUCGAUAUGUAAAAGAAGUAAUGCUGAAGAAGGAAGUAACUUUAAGUUGAAAGAAGAUGAUAUGUUAAAACUUGGCAAAUUAAUACUUCCACCGGCAAAUCUUGCAAUUUCUGCGACAAGAAAGCUUUUCUCAGGAGAGCCAGCCAUGACCCUCAAAGUAAUUCCAUUUAUGCUUCUUGGAGCUGAGUAUGGCCAUCUUAUAACUAUGUGGAGGCUUUGUGCAAUUGGUUUUUUCACUGGCUUUACCAUUCCCAAGUUAUAUUCAAGUUACUCUGGUCAGAUAAACCAAAAAGUUGAAUACACGAAAGGGCGGGUGGUGGAGACAUGGGAAGCUUGCUCACACAAGAAGAUCGUAGCAGCAUCCGCAGUCACAGCCUUCUGGAAUAUGUCUAGUGUCAGAACUCGCAUUUUUGCAGCGUUUAUAUUUUUGGUGAUUUUACGGUGCUGGCGGCAACAUGUUGUACCAAAUCAAGAAGGAGGAGGAGAACAAGAGCAGGAGCAGCAGCAAGCUCUGGUGGUAGCAGACUCAGAAAGAGUAGAUUCUGCAACUUUAUAAUGUUCAUUACUAACUAACAUAAUGUGUUGUAUGACUAAAUUUAGUACAAAUAAUGAAGGCUUUACAAACAAUUUUCUUUUGCGAGUAA